AUGAUUUUCAAAUUCGGGCUUCUCAGUGCAGUUGUUGCGAGAUGGAGCAUCGCCAUCCUGACACUGGUGAGGAGUUGCUUUGUGACCGGAAACUUGUGUUCCAGGUGGUUUCCAGAUGAGAGUGCCGAGGGCCACUUGGACAAAUUUGAUGAGUUGGUGCGGAAAGAGCUCAGAGGAUUUGUGCAGGAGAUCCUGGGAUCAGGUGCUCCACAUUUCCGCUACGUGAUAGCCAACACAGCAACCCCUGUGCUCGGAAUCUUUUGUCACUAUGUGUACAUGGCCGUGAAUGAUCCCUUUGACUGGACAGUUCUGGGCUGGAUGAUUGGCUGGUUCCAGAUACCACCACUUGUGCUCCUGUCAUUCUGGGAGAUGCUGCUGUGUUGGAGGAUAGGGGCAAGAUUCUAUAGUCGAGUGCCCUUGUGGAUCGUUCUUCCAUUUUGCAUGUGUGUCGGCAUCCCCAUCAACAACUUACUGUGGUUUCAGUAUGCAGUGAUGAAAUACACUUUCGGAUUCAGGUUCAAUUGGCCUGUCGCUGGCUCGCUGGCUUUCAUGUGGGUUGUGGUUGUCAUCCCCUACGUCCGGGAAUACUCCCAUCUCUUGUGUCCAAAACGGGGUGGCUGCUGCACUGCCCGUAUCUCAUAG